AUGGGCAAGGACCGGCGGAAGGAGAAGGCAGAGGAGAGUGAGUCGCUCGGAAAGAAGGCUGACAAGUUUGGCAAGAAGGGCGACGGCAAGAUUGCGCAGAACCAGGGGCCAGACAAGUCGUUCACUCACCAGACCUGCCGGCAUAUCCUCGUACAGAAGCAGUCGGACGCGCUGCGGAUAAGCGAAGAGAUACACACGGGCAAAAUCAGCUUCAACGAGGCCGCCUUCAAAUACUCCGAGGACAAGGCCGGCGCACACGGCCUUCUCGGCGACAAGGCCCAGAACGAGCUCGACCCCGACUUCUGGGCGGCUUCCAUCAAGUGCAAGGAGGGAGACUGGCUGCGAGAACCCGUGAAGACGCAGUGGGGCUGGCACCUGAUAAUGGUGCAGGCGCGAAUCACAAAGAAGAAGAAGUAGCAGCUGACUUCAGGGGAGAAGGCGCCGUCUCACUCACGACGGUGUCGCGGCCGGCAGAGACGAGAGAGCCCGCGCACACCGCACCAGUCCGCAGUCCCGCACUCAGAUCUCAGUCUCGCCUCUCGGCAUAUUUUUGUCGACUUGUGGCCCAUUACGUCGUCCAUUCGUACACAUCAUGUCUCGCCGUC